UUUCACACGAGUUCGGCUUGGGCGCAGAAAAAGACCGAACAUGUGGCUGCACGCUGUAAUUUUCGUUUCCGUCCUCAAUGUGGUCAAACCGCUGGACUGCUGCGGACCGGCUCUCAAGGGAACUGUACCAGACGCCACUGGACCAGCAACGCCUGGAGUGCAAGUCUCAAGCGAGCGCUUUGGAAAUGUGUCCGGACAGACAGUGUUCCGUUAUACGAUAAAAAAUAAGGACAUGUCAUUUCAGGUCAUGAACUACGGGGCGUACUUGACGUCCAUCACGGUCCCUGACAAGCAGGGCCGCUCGAAGGACGUGCUGCUGGGCCACGACACGCUCAAAGAGUACGUCGACAAGAAACGGCGAUUCGGUGCGAUCAUAGGUCGGGUGGCCAACCGCAUCGCCAACUCUUCAUUCACCUUGGACGGGCAAGUGUACAAGCUGAACCCCUCUGGAUCGCGCUCACACUACACCAUCAAAGGCGGCAUCAAGGGAUGGGACCAGGCCGUGUGGAAAGCCUCCACGCGCGCAGACGGCGUCACAUUCAGUCUGCUUUCGCCGGACGGCGAUGAGCAUUUUCCCGGUGCAGUGCAGGCGCAGGUCACCUACCGCCUCACGGAGGACAGCAGCCUCCAAGUGGCCAUGCGCGCCGAGACGACCAAGGCUACGCCCAUCAAUGUCUUUAGUCAUUGGUACAUGAAUCUCGCAGGACACGAUGCUGGUGCAGAGGGAGUGUACGCCACGCGUCUGAAGCUCAACGCUGAUCUUUACCAGCCUCUGGAUAUAUACGACAAUCAUGUUGUGCCCCGUACGACUUCUGCACACCUCGUCUUUUAAAAGAUGUGUUGGCGAAGGUGGACUACGACACUGAUCUUCUCGUCUCAAAAUGCCACACCACACCGAAUCAGAUGGUUCGCGUAGCUGAGGCCGAGCAUCCCAGUUCAGGCCGCACCCUAGAAUUGUACUCCGAUCAACCAGGGAUACAUCUCUUCACCUCCAACAACUUACCAGACUCUUCCGGCACGAAGGCAGCUGUCGUCGGCAAAGGAGGAGUGCACUAUGAGAAGCACGGCGCGUUCUGCGUGUACAGUCAAAACUACUACGACUCACUACACUAUGUGAAGAGUGUUCCAGACUCGGUGCUUCGUCCUGGAGCAGUGUACAAACACAAUAUACUAUUCAAAUUUGGUGUCAAACAAUAAAACAUUCGCAGUUUGAAAACGUGAAUGACUCUGAAGAAAAUUAAGUUUUUCCAACUGUA